AAUUAAUCUUUAAAUGAUAAUCAUUUUUUAUAAAUACUUUAAGUCUAUUAUGAAAAAAAUAAAAUUAAUUUUUUAAUCAUUUAUAAAUGUUUAAUAGUUAAAUAUAACUCCAUCAUCUAAAUAUUAAACACUAAAAAAUAAUAACUAAAUCAUAAUCCUAAAUAUUAUAAUAAUUUUGAUCGAGUAAUUUUAAAAGUGGUAUCCAAUUUAGUGUAUUUCAAAUAAUUUUUCUAAUUUUUUUCAGUCUUAAGUUGUCGAUGUAAACUAUAAAAUAAUAAGAUAAUAAUUUAAAAAAACUCUUAAGUUUAUACAUGGUCCUAUUAAUACAAUAAAUUAUAAAUAUAUAUAAAGUUAUAUAAAAUUUAUAUAAACAUAGAAACAUUGUUUUGUUUGUUUAUUUUUCAAAACUUAUAUUAACAUAAACAAUACAUUACAUUGUUUUUUUCAAAACAAAAUUCAUCUCUAACUUUUUCAAAUAUUUUGAUGUUAAUUUAUCAAAUUACAACUAAAACACACAUAUAUUUUAGGAUAUGUGAUUCCAAUAUCAAAUAAUCUAAAUAAAGAAAGACACAUGUGAAUCUACAAAAUUUAAUUAGUAUAUAAUACCUUUAAAUCAAAUUUCCUUCUUAAAAAUUUAAAAUUAAAUAUUAUAGAAUUAUAAUCUAAAAUAAAAUGUUUAUUUAGAUUAAUAACUUAUAAAUUAACAAAUUAUCAUAAUUCUAACAUUAUUAAAGGUUUUACUGUAUCAUUAAUACUAUAUUUCAAAGUUUAAUUUAUAAAGAGAUAGAAAAAAGACUUCUUUUUACCAUGUCUUUUUUUUGGGAAAAUAUUUUCAUGUUAGGUCAUAUAACAAGUUGCAACUUCUUUUAUUGAAUUCCAGUUCUCUUUUGUAACUUAGGUAUGAUGUUUCCCCCUUUUGAGGAAAUAUGCAGAAACAAAUCAACAAUCUAAAGAAAGUGAUGAAUUAUUGAAUGCAUGCCAACAAAAGAUGUCUUAAAAGUGUGUUACUACCCAAAAAAAGUAAGAAUGUCUGUUUGAUUCGAUAAUAAAUGCAUCCACAAGUAUACUACACAUGUGUUGUUGACUUUACGCUCUCGGUUUUUUUCUGUCAACAACUUUUUCAGCUUCUCAUACGUAUAAUUUUCACUUAAAAAAAGGGAAAAUAUUACAGUGUUCGAAAUAGUAAGAUGAUUUUCUGCUCUUGGAACGUAAGUUAUUGCAAAGAAAAUCACCAAAAAGUUAAUUAGGAUCAGAGAUUUAAGAUUUCUGUUAAAUUAAUCUUCUUUUCCAACGGAUAUUCUUUAUAUUUUAAAAUAAGGUCUCUUCGAGUAGUACAAAAAACUAUCAUAUACAAAGUUAUGAGAAUUCUCUUAACAUCAUAAUCUUUUAUUAACAUGGUUUAUGGUUCAAAUGAUGUGAUCAGCCAUGCUAAACUGCUGGUCACGUGCUUUAUACACGAAGUCUAUGAAUAUAUUAUUUGUUAAUAAUUUCUUGAUGAGGAUCGAUGACUAUACUUUAUAUUUACCUUUUGCUCCAAAUAUAUCAAAGUUAUUUUUCAAAACAUUUUGGACCAACCUCGUUAUACUUUUUAUAUAUGAGCACCACACAGUUUCAUUUUUUUUGGUCAAAACCAUAUAUUAUAAAUAUAAGAUCUUGAACAGAACUACAAAGGGGUUGUUGUUAUUUUAUUUUUUUGAACAACUUUGUUAUUUUAUUUAUUUAUCAAGAUCUAAACUUUAUCUCUAAUUGAUUUUUAGAAAUAUACUCAUGGCCGUUUAACAGCACGUGCAAAUGGAACGGUUGAACAAGGUCUGAAAUAUAAAAAUAAAAAGUUUAAGAUUUUUUUAAAAAUAUAUAAAUAAAUUAUGGUAAAUUUUUUUAAAAAUUUUUAGAUAUAAUACUAAAUUUAUAAUUUAUAAUUAAAAAACAGAUAAAAUUAAUAAAUUUUAAAAUUACUUGAUAAAAUAUACGAUUAAUAAUUUUUUGAAUAGAGUCUAAAAUUAAUUUGAAACGGCCAUAAAUGUACUCGUAGUUAUCUUUAUUACACCAUCCGUAUCUACAGAUCCACAAUGGAUUAGAUCGACCAAGUCACUAUAAAGUAUGAACUACUAACAUGUUAUCAAAGAACAUAAAAAAUUACUGACAUUUUUCUUAGAUUCAUAAUAUAGUACAUCAAAUAAAAUCAAAGUGAUUUCUUAAUAUAUAAAAUGGGCGCAUAUUUCUAUGCAAGCCUGUAAGCACACAUAUAAAUAUUAUGAUAUGUGUACCGUUGUCACAUGGGCCGGUUUCUUUUCUUUUCUUUUUUCUUUGUUUUAAAAACCUGAAAUUUCCACUUGUGCAUAACCGUGAUGAAAAUUGAAAUGGAUUAAUUAUUCAACCAACCAUCAAAAACAAUGGGCCAAUGCAAUUGAUAAAUAGAAAACGAGACAUAGGAGGAGAAAGGAGAAGAAGGCGAAAUCUUGACUCACCUUCAUGUGUUUGAUUCCUAGCCAUGUGCACUGCAUACCUACCAUUAUUUAUUGACUAAUCAAUAGCAGUAUAUACACUCAAAACGUAUUUUGAACAGAUAUCAUAUACUUGUAUGUACUUGUAACCAUAUUGGUAGAAUAUGGGAGUGUAGAUUAAUUAAGCUACAAUAUAGUAUUGGUAGUCUGCCAAGUCGAUAAAUUAUAUAUAGUUACAAACAAAAUGAACUACGAAAAAAAAUCACAUCUAGGUUUUGUCUAUAUAUAUAGAGAAAACAUCGGCUUGUGCUUACUAUUAUUCCUAGUAGUUUUUAUGUUUCUUUAUGCUGAUUAGGAGAAUUUCAAUCUGAACCCUCAACUAGUUUCCAAAAUUUGUGAAAAAUUACACUUUUUUUUUGCAAUAUGAGACGUUCACUAAGUACUAAAAAUUGAUUAAACUAAAGUAAAAGAACAUAGAUCAUGGUAUUCAAAUAAUUUUUUUAUUAGUAAUUCCUUUUUAUUUGUUAUAAAAGUAGUUACAGGUAAGAAAAUAUUUUAAAUCUCAUUAUAUUGAUCUAAAAAGAAAGAAUAAAAAAAUUUAUAUAAGACUUGAAAAGAUGUGAAUAUCCUCUAAGACCUAGCUAUAAAUCGAGGGUAUUUUAAAACUAAUUGAACUAGAAACAAAUUAUAGAGGAACUAAAGAAAAAACUAUAGAGGAACUGUAUAAAAUAAUGCUACAUGUUUUCGGGUUUCCCAUUCACACUUACAAAGAAGCAUUGAGAUUUUCUUUUGUUUGGGCCAAAAAAGAGUAUAUUGUCUUUCUCUUAAAUAUAUAACUAGAAUUUAUCCCGCACAUCGUGCGGGUAUAUUUUUAUUUUAUAAAUAUUUAAUUUUGAUAUUAUUAUAUAAAUAGAAAUAUACAAUUUAUAUCUUAGUGUUAUGUAUUUUAUAACUUUAUAUUUUUAUUGUUUAGGUUUUUUAUUACUUUAUUAAUAUAGGAGUUUGUUUUAUAUAUUUUACCAUUUUUAUUACGUUUUCGAGUUUUCAUAAUUUGAAAUAAUCAAAUAAAAAAUAUUCUUUAACAUAUGAUUUUUGAAAAUAUAUAUCUGUAGUAAUAAAUUUUUAACAUAUGUUAAUAACUUCAUUUGUAUAAAAAAAAUCUGACAUGAUUAAUAAACUUGAUCCCGUUUUAGUGGUAGAUGAUAAUUUAUUUAAAUGAAAGCAUUAUAUUACGUAAUUACAAAAUUAAUUAAUACAAUAUUUAAUAAAAAAUAUUUAAAAAAUUUAGUCGGAUUUUGUUAGAUUUUUCUCAACAGAUUUGGUUAUAACUGAAAAUAAAAUUCAAAUCUAUAGUUAAAAUUAAUUUAUUAUUAAUAUUUCUAGUAAUUAUUAUGUCAUAUUAUGUGAUUAAUGAAAUGGUCCUAAUAGACUUCUAAAUAGUAGAUAAAAAUGGUACUUCUCUUUUAAUAGAGAAGAUAUCACAUAGUGUUAUAUAUACAUCAAGCAGGUUGUAUAUAUUUUACAUACAAUUAUAUAUAGACAUACAUACACACAUACGCUUGUCAGAUUAUCACUUAGAUUCUCUUCAUCAUAAUACUCUCACUCCCUCUCCACUUUCCGACAAGUCACAUAAAUGGCUUUUUCCCGGCAAAUAACCGACGGCAAGAUCGCUGCCUCCACCACCGUGACUAAGAAGUCCGAUGUUCCUACUCCGCGGCCAAACUGCUGUGUCACGUGCCUUACGAGGCUCAUCAGAAAAUUAAAGAGAAAGGGGAGGUUACUGGUGACGGCGACGGCUGCUCGGAGACAGGGGAGUUCGCUGCAAUGUCGGUACGAUCCAAUGAGCUAUUCACUGAACUUUGACGGUGGCGCGUGUGGUAGACUUCCCGAUGAUGAGGAUUAUUAUUUCCGGUUCUAUGCGUUUUCUUCAAGAUACGUUACUACUAACAUUACCAAGACGAGACCACCAUUUACUCGUGAAACUCUCUCUACCAGUACACAUGAAUUCGCGUAAAUUUAUUUGUCGUUCACUCGUUUGACCUUUUUCAACAAAAAAGCGGUUAGAGCUCAUUAUUCUUUGUUACUAUUCUCUACAUUGAACUAUUGGAGUCCGUAGUGCGCUAUAAUAGUUUUAUUUUUAGAUUGCCAAAUAGAGCUCAUUGUAUUUGGUAUUUUAAUUAGUUCGUAGAUUUAAAUCAGUUUAUUUUUUUGUCGAUUAAGUUUAUAUACAUAUCACAUUUUCUGGUUGGUGUUUA